GAAGGCGCAGCUAGUCCGGCGAGCAGCGAGGCCAUACGCGGAGCUGUGAGGGGGCCACCCGGGAGCAACUGAGCUGAGGGCCGCGCCCGCCUCGCCGACGGGUCCCGCCUGUCGUCGAGGGGGACGUACGCGUGGCGCCGCGGGGGAUCGGGCGCCGCGGCCUGAGUGAGACCCAAUGGAAAGAACAUGACAUUUGGAGGCAGAAGACUUGUUUCAGAUCCCUGCUUUUUUACUUGCUAAUUUUGUGAGUUGGAAAUAACUGUGCAAGAUGUCGAUGUUGCAGAUUUGGCUAGUGCAAGCUUUGGUUAUUUUCCUCACCUCUGAAUCUAUAGGUGAACUUCUGGAUCCAUGUGGAUAUAUCAGCCCUGAAUCUCCAGUUAUAGAACGUGGUUCUAAUUUUACCGCAGUUUGUGUGCUAAAGGAAAAAUGUAUGGAUUAUUUUCAUGUAAAUGCUAGUUAUAUCAUCUGGAAAACAAACCAUCUUGCUGUUCCUAAGGAACAAUAUACCAUCAUAAACAGAACAGCCUCCAGUGUCACCUUUACAAACAUAGCUUCGCUGCAUGUUCAGCUCACUUGCAACAUUCUCACGUUCGGACAGAUUGAGCAGAAUGUUUAUGGAAUCACAGUACUUUCCGGCUUUCCUCCAGAAAAACCUGAAAAUUUGAAUUGCGUUGUGAACGAGGGUCGAAAAAUGAUGUGUCAGUGGGAUCCUGGAAGGGAAACUUUCUUGGAAACAAACUUCACUUUAAAAUCCGAAUGGGCAACAGAGAAGUUUGCUGAUUGUAAAGCAAAACGUGACACCCCCACGUCAUGCCUUGUUGACUAUUCACCUGUGUAUUUUGUCAACAUUGAAGUCUGGGUAGAAGCAGAGAAUGCCCUUGGAAAUGUUUCAUCAGAGCAUAUCAAUUUCGAUCCUGUAGAUAAAGUGAAGCCCAGCCCACCACAUAAUUUAUCAGUGAGCAACUCUGAGGAACUGUCCAGUAUCUUAAAAUUAACUUGGAUCAAUCCAAGUAUUAAGAAUGUUAUAAGACUAAAAUACAACAUUCAAUAUAGGAGCAAAGAUGCCUCAACUUGGAGCCAGAUCCCUCCUGAAGAUACAGUAUCCACCCGAUCUUCAUUCACUGUGCAGGACCUUAAACCUUUUACAGAAUAUGUAUUUAGGAUUCGCUGUAUGAAGGAAGAUGGCAAGGGCUUCUGGAGUGACUGGAGUGAAGAUGCAAGUGGAAUCACAUAUGAAGACAGACCAUCCAAAGCACCAAGCUUCUGGUACAAGAUUAAUCCAUCCCAUACUCAAGGCUAUAGAACUGUACAGCUUAUAUGGAAGACAUUACCUCCUUUUGAAGCUAAUGGGAAAAUCUUGGAUUAUGAAGUGAUUCUUACAAGAUGGAAAUCAUAUUUACAAAAUUAUAUAGUUAAUGACACAAAAUUGACAGUAAAUCUCACAAAUGAUCGCUACAUAGCAACUCUGGCAGCAAGAAAUCUGGUUGGCAAGUCAGAUGCAUCUGUUUUAACUAUCCCUGCCUAUGAUUUUCAAGCUACUCACCCUGUAAUGGACCUUAAAGCAUUCCCCAAAGAUAACAUGCUUUGGGUAGAAUGGACUACUCCAAGUAGAUCUGUAAAGAAAUACAUACUUGAAUGGUGUGUGUUGUCGGAUAAAUCACCCUGUAUCCCAGACUGGCAGCAAGAAGAUGGGACGGUGCAUCGCACCUAUUUAAGAGGGAGCCUAGAGGAGAGCAAAUGUUACUUGAUAACAGUUACUCCGGUGUACACCAAUGGACCUGGGAGCCCUGAAUCUACAAAGGCAUACCUUAAACAGGCUCCACCUUCCAAAGGACCUACUGUUCGGACAAAAAAAGUGGGGAAAAACGAAGCUGUCUUGGAAUGGGACCAACUUCCUGUUGAUGUUCAGAAUGGAUUUAUUAGAAAUUAUACUAUAUUUUACAGAACCAUCAUUGGAAACGAAACUGCUGUGAAUGUGGAUUCUUCCCACACAGAAUAUACAUUGUCCUCUUUGACUAGUGACACAUUGUACAUGGUACGAAUGGCAGCAUACACAGAUGAAGGUGGAAAGGAUGGUCCAGAAUUUACCUUUACCACACCAAAGUUUGCUCAAGGAGAAAUAGAAGCCAUUGUUGUGCCUGUUUGCUUAGCAUUCCUACUGAUAACUCUUCUGGGAGUAUUAUUCUGCUUUAAUAAGCGAGACCUAAUUAAAAAACACAUCUGGCCUAAUGUUCCAGAUCCUUCAAAGAGUCAUAUUGCCCAGUGGUCACCUCACACACCUCCAAGGCACAAUUUUAAUUCAAAAGAUCAGAUGUAUUCUGAUGGCAAUUUCACUGAUGUAAGUGUUGUGGAAAUAGAAGCAAAUGACAAGAAGCCUUUUCCUGAGGAUCUGAAAUCACUGGACCUAUUCAAGAAGGAAAAAACUAGUACUGAAGGACACAGCAGUGGUAUUGGGGGGUCUUCCUGCAUGUCGUCUUCUCGGCCAAGCAUUUCUAGCAGUGAUGAAAAUGAAUCUUCACAGAAUACUUCGAGCACUGUCCAGUACUCCACUGUGGUGCAUAGUGGCUAUAGACACCAGGUUCCAUCUGUCCAAGUCUUCUCAAGGUCUGAGUCCACCCAGCCCCUGCUGGAUUCAGAGGAGCGGCCAGAAGAUCUACAGUUGGUAGAAAACGCAGACAGCGGUGAUGGCAUUUUGCCCAUGCAACAGUAUUUCAAACAGAACUGCAGUCAACCUGAGACCAGUCCAGACAUUUCACAUUUUGAAAGAUCAAAACAGGUUUCAUCGGGCAAUGAGGAAGAUUUUGUUAGACUUAAACAGCAGCAAAUUUCAGGUCCUAUUUCACAGUCCUGUGGAUCUGGGCAAAUGAGUAUGUUUCAGGAGGUUUCUAUGGUGGAUGCUUUUGGCCCAGGGACUGAGGGACACGUAGAGAGAUUCGAAACAGCUGGGCUGGAAGCUGCAAUUGAUGAAGGAAUGCCUAAAAGUUACUUACCACAGACUGUAAGACAAGGUGGCUACAUGCCUCAGUGACAGACUAGCUCUGUUACAACUCAACAGUACCUAUAAAGUAAAGCUAACAUACUUUAUCUGUGAUUUCAGAUAGAAAAUAAUCUUCACUCCCUGAAGAUGAUCAUCUGCCCUUAAGGACAAAAAUCUCACCUGGGCCAUUUCCAUUCCAGAAUAUCUGGGAUUCUACUUUAAGCACUACAUAAACUGACUUUAUCCUCUGAAUAGCUGAAUGACUAUGCUGUUUCAGGAUGUUUGCACUGAAGAAAAACAGAAAGCUUGUCUGAAAUUUAUAAAGUAAAACUUUUUGUUUUGCUACAUAAAAACACAGAAGGUAUUUAAAUAAUGAGCAGUGAUAUAAUGAGUGAACACAGCUGGUUUUGAUGAGAAUAGUCAUCAAAAAAAGUGGCUUAGGGAUGGUCAAUAUAAAAAAUAGAGGGGCAAGGUGUAAAUCCUCUGCUUCAGCUGCCAUCACUUAAAAAGAGGUCUGUGGGCAUAACUGUCUGAGCCCACAUUUUGAGGUCUGACAGAGAAAUGGUGGGGUGGCUUCAUUUACAGUUAGACCAUUGUGCCCUUCUGUUGAUAGUGAUGCCUGCAGCUGUUAUUGAAGCAAAGGAAUUCCAGAGCUUUAACUUGGCCGAUUAAAAAUACUUUGUUUAAAAUAUUAUCUAAUCAAAAAUCUCACUAAAGUUUUAAAAAUUUGCUUUUCCUUAUUGACAGCCUCUUUGCAGGUCCAUUUCACAAACAGCAGAGUGCCCUGGUGGGAAGUAGGAAUGAACACCAAGCUAUCUCGAUCAUUUUAACUUGUUUACGAUUUUUAAAGACUCAAAUUGUUGUCUAUGUAUGUAUUUUUGUAUGCAUACAUAGACAUCACUGACCCUUGUGGUUAAGACUUCAGAGAAUUUGGUUGACAAAGUACUUUAUAUAUCUUCAGCUUAAAAUUUACUUUAAUUGAAUAUACCUUGUUUUGAUUUUUAAGUAUGCCAAGGUUUAAUUUUUUUCUUUUUCUAGCAGGUGGUUGAAGCAAAUUAAGUUAGAGGUCAGUGCUCACCACAACAAAACCAGGAUCCCAAUAAAAUACAUAUUAAUCUUAGUAAAUAUCACAGUUAGCAAAUAUCCUCAUUGUGGAGACACCUAAUAAAGAGAUAGGUUUGUUUGUAUAGGGGGACUGGAGGGCUUUUUGUUUGUUUUGUAGUACUGGGGAUUGAACUAGGGCCUUGUGCAUGCUAGGCAAGUGCUCUACCACUGAGAUAUACCUACAGCCCUGAUUUUUUUAAGCUGAAUUCCCGCUGUGUUGCCCAGGUUGACUCUAGCAUGGGCUCAAGAGAUCCUCCUGUCCCAGCUUCCUGAGUACCUACAGCUGUGUGCCACCAUACCCAACAAGAAAUAGUAUUUUAUUAUCUGCCCAUUCAUUCUCACAUCGUGAAACUUAAUUCUACAUUGUGAUUUAGGAAUAUUUUAAACCUCUUCCUUCCAAUUCUGUUCUUUGAAGAGAAGUGAGCCAGGCUUCCAGGGUUUCAAGCUAAAGCCACUAAUGCAUUUAUGCCAUUCCCUAACCACCAUGUGUGACUUGCAGGUCUGAGUAAAUUAGAAGAAAUACUCGUGCUUCAUGGUUGACUAGCACCACCAAGUGCAUUCGGAGGAAAUGGGUUUGUUUUUCUGGUAUAUUUAACUUUCAGAAAACAGACACACUUAAAAUAGUUUGUAGAGGUUAUUAAAGAAUAAAAGAUCAAGAAAACUGGUAUACAUUUACAGUUGAAAUGUAAUUCUACUUUUUACUCAGAAUAUUCUUCAUGUUAGACUUCCUGAUAUGUUUUAUCAUUUGUAUUCUUGCAUUUAUAUCAUAUCUAAUACUUUUCUGAGUUCUUUCACAUAUAUGAUCUUUGUGAGGCACAGUAGAUGCUUUAUUAUGAUACGUUCAACUUGCUACUUUAAGUAAACCCAACAUGAGAUUGGUGAAGUGACAGAAUUAGAAGUAGAUGAGAAAAAUAAGGCAGAGAGAGGUCAUCAAGGAACAGAGACUCAGACUCACACUACAAAUGAUGGUGUCACCACCACUGACAUUGGUCAUCAAAGGCUGGUCCAGAUCAGGACUGGAUUUGCCCUAUUGUGGCUAUACCUAUGCAGACAUAUAUCUCUUAUACUUUUCAUUUCCUCAAAAACAAGAAAUCAUGUUAUCAUAACAAGUAGCAGUGUUGUGAAGAACAUUGUAGUGUGAAGUUUGUACAUUGGCGGGGGCGGGGAUAGUUAGAAGGUAUGAACUCAUGAUCUAAGGAAAUGAAAAUGAGGGGUCAUUGAAGAAAGGACCUCAGGUAAGCAAAUUUGCAUGGUAAAACAUGUAUAAAAUGUGGUAUGGUGAGUGAAUGCCUCCACUCAAAGAGUACAUCAGAUAUAUUAGAUGGUUGUUAUGUUUACUGUGCAAGAACUCAUUCAGGAAAUAAAGAUUUGAGCACUAAUAUUUAAUGUGCAUUAGUGCCCUGAAGAUAAAAAAUCAUAAAACUUAUCUUAAAUACAAAAUUACUUUCCUAGAGCAUGUUUUAGAAUAAUAUAUAUUUUGAUGCAUGUGCAUUGUAUUUUUAGGUAGACAGGGCAAUAAAUCUGGUUUAUUUAUAUAAAAAGUAAUAAAGUUAGUGGAUUUACUACUCUUUAAGUCUGUAGUGUCUAAAAAUGUGGUUUAAAUUAAUGCACAUCAGGAAAUAGCUUCUUGUACAAAAUAAUUCACUGCUUCCUUUAAAAUCUGAUCUAAUAUAUGUUACCCAUGAUGCUCUUGUAACUUGAUUGUCAGCUACUGGUGUAUUUGGCUUCCUGCCCUCAUCUCCCAUAAAGUUAAAAUUAUGAAUAGCUUAGUAAACUAUAAGACUUUAGACUUUCUACCUGUUAACAUCUAAAAAUUUGAUCCUUUACUAGCAUGAAUAAAUCAGUAGUCAGCAACAUACCCAACAUUGGAGUAGAAGAAGGGAGGAAAACACAAAUUCCUUCAUAUGCAUUUGUGUCUUCUCUGGGUAAUUAAUUUAAUUUCAGCCUCAUUCCUUGAUACAGGACUCCACCACGUGGAGUCAUCCAAUGACCCUUGCUCAUUGUGAAAUUAAAGGUUAAUGAAAUUGAAGUAUACUUAUAAGACAGGUUUUUUAUUAUUAUUAUUAUUAAAGCCCAUAACAGCUCAGGUGCUUUUAGAAAUAGAAAUCAGACAAUUUUUUCUUUUUUUUCUUUCUUUCAGUACUGGGGCUUGAACUUAGGGCCUCAUCUUGAGCCACUUCACCAGUUCUAUUUUUGUGA